AUGGAUGCUCUUCAUGGAGUACUCUUCCGGUACUUGAAGUCAAGAUUCCAAAGAGGAGGGAAGGCUCACGGGAUGGCUACAAUUUUCCUUCAACUAAAGCGAAUGGAUAGGAGUGGGUGGUUGAAAGGUUGGGGCAAUAAGAUGGAGUCCACAGAGUGCCUGAUUGACCACAGAAAUGGCCAGGUAAGAUGGAGUUCACGGGUGCUUACUGCUACAUUUGUAUAA